UAAAUGGGCGGUUGGAGGAGCCAGAAAAAUGGUGUGUAAAGGGUGAACCAUGGCACAAGGCACCCUGAAGAGGAGCGAGAAAAAUAAUAGUGUGUAAAAGGGUGGGUCACGGCUGUUGGUCGGCACAAAGCACCCUGAAGAGGUUUUCUUUCUCGUUUAUACUUUAAUAAUGCUGCUUCCACCUCCCAGGGACUUUUGAGGCUCAGCCCUACCAAUAUUUCUCUCUCCUCUUGUCCUCACCUAACAUACCCACCACCACACACCCCUGCUGCAGCCACACAGGCCUUCCUCAGCUUCUGCUCCUGCACUUUGAUUUGAUCCCUUGUGCCUGGUAAAAGGUAUCUUGUCUACACUUUUUUUUUUCUUUUUUGCCUGAGGUUGUGACAGUCAGACCGAACUUUUGUGCCCAACUCCUGACUUUACCUAAACGCCUCCCCAGAGAGAAACCCCUGUGUUAUUGCCGGAUGCACCCCCACUCCCACCCCCACAGGCGGUGAUAAAGUUGUUUAUAUGUUACAUCUGACUGCUCACUGACACGGCCAUCUUGGGUCCCCAGGGAUUGUUUAUCACGCAUCUGUGUAUGUAUGUCUUGCAUAUACCGCUGCAUGUGGCUCUACACAGUCAUUGCCAUUUCCGGCUGCUGGUGUCAAUCCUGGCUAGGUUAACUGGUGACUUCAACUGCAGACGCAGCUGCGACUCCUGGCACCAGUUCUGACCGAGGCUCUGCUCACCGUAAGACGGGUUCUUUCGGUCACGGUAGGGUUCUUCCUCCGGGUCACGCGACGUCUCCAAAGCUUGCCCAACACCCGGGAUUUUCACAACUAAGGAACUCCAUUCCAUACUACGCCGCCUGCCUGAGGAACUACACUUCCCAGCAGGUAUCAGGACGGUUUUGUCCUUUCCCAGCGUGCUCUGAAGUUUGGCAGGCGACUGGGAUUAACCCCUUACUGAUGCUGCCCCCCGGUUGAGCAGCAACCGGAGCAGGGCCCAGCCAUUCCUCCUUCAGAAUGCCGGAGGGCCCAGAGCUGCACCUGGCCAGCCACUUUGUGAAUGAGAUAUGUAAAGGGCUGGUAUUCGGUGGGUGUGUGGAGAAGUCCUCUGUCAGCCGAAACCCGGAGGUGCCCUUUGAGAGCAGUGCCUACCACAUCUCAGCUUUAGCCCGAGGCAAGGAGCUGCGCUUGACAUUGAGCCCCCUGCCUGGGUCCCAUCCCCCUCAGAAACCACUGUCCCUUGUCUUCCGCUUUGGUAUGUCUGGAUCCUUCCAGCUGGUACCCGCAGAAGCACUGCCGCGCCACGCCCAUCUACGUUUCUAUACGGCCCCACCUGCCCCCCGGCUUGCCCUUUGCUUCGUAGACAUCCGCCGCUUUGGCCACUGGGACCCUGGAGGUGAAUGGCAGCCAGGCCGCGGACCCUGUGUCUUGUUGGAGUAUGAACGGUUCAGAGAGAACGUGCUUCGGAACCUAUCGGACAAAGCCUUUGACCGGCCCAUCUGCGAGGCCUUGUUGGACCAGAGGUUCUUCAAUGGAAUCGGCAACUAUCUGCGGGCAGAGAUCUUGUAUCGGCUGAAGAUCCCCCCUUUUGAGAAGGCCCGUACAGUUCUAGAGGCCCUGCAACAGUGCCGGCUGAGCCCAGAGCUGACCCUGAGCCAGAAGGUCAAGGCCAAACUGCAGAACCCAGACCUGCUGGAACUGUGUCACUUGGUGCCCAAGGAAGUGGUUCAGCUGGGGGGCAAAGGCUAUGGGCCAGAGCGUGGAGAGGAAGAUUUUGCUGCCUUUCGAGCCUGGCUUCGGUGCUAUGCUGUGCCAGGCAUGAGCUCCCUGAGAGACCGGCAUGGCCGUACCAUUUGGUUCCAGGGUGAUCCUGGACCCUUGGCACCCAAAGGGGGCAGAUCCCGAAAAAAGAAGUCACAGGAAACACAGCUGGAGGCUGAGGACAGAAAAGAGGACCCUCCAAGCAAGUCCAUUUCCAGGACUCAGAGGGCCAGGAAGCACUGUCCUAAGAAUGUACCUCAACAGUCUGAAGGGGCCAGCCUCCCACAAAACCUGGAAACCCCUGCAGUCCCUGAGAAAGGAAAGAGAAGGGGGAGACGGGCGAGCACAGGUGAGCUGUUUGCAGCAUCCUCCUUGAGCUGGGAAGAAAGAGCCAGGGAGUGGCUCAUCAGGGAGGAUGGGAGGUAAGGCAGGGCCAACAGGGGGAGGACACAAAGCCACUGCCUCACCUGCCCUCCCCACAGGCCGCCACAGAGGACCAAAGAGUAAGCCUGAUACUCAACCCAGGGAGGCUGGGGAGAUUUCAGCCUCAUAGGUAGAGGUAUCCUUCCCUGAUGACUUGCUAUCAAUCUAGGGGAAUGUCUGAAUCCCUAGAACCAGUAUUUGUAGGGCUACAUGCCCUGGGCCCUGUGAUUUUUUUCCUGCACAACUGUUGUCUGAGGUGGGGUCUCCUGUGUCCUAUCCUUGAAUCCAUAUGUACCUGAAGAUGACAUUGAACUCCUCCUGUUUGAUCUUCCUGCUUCGUUUCCAUGGUCACUGGGAUUUGCAGGUGUGAGCUGAGCCACCACACCCUGCUGAUUUGCUACCGUUUAUUUUCUCAAGACAAGGGUUUCUCUGUGUAGCCCUGGCUGUCCUAGAACUCAUGCUGUAGACCAAGCUGGCCUCAAGCUCUGAGAUCUGCCUGCUUCUGCCUCCCAAAGUGUUGGAAAUGUAUGCUAUCCCAAGUGAAAACCAUUAUCAAAUUAAUAAAUUUGAACUUCUCAGUG